AAACAUACUAGAGCUAGAGAAAAUAGAGUAUGCUGACUAUAUGUUGUCCAUUUGUGGUGAUGAGACUCUAAGAGAAGUUUCUUCGCCCGGAAGAAUUGGCAACGUGAUAUUUCUCUCAAAUGACAACAGAUUUGUGAUAAAAACCCUGCGAAAAUCUCAAGUCAAGGUUCUCAGGGACAUGCUUCCUAAAUACUAUCGACAUCUAAAUAAGCACGGCUCGUCAUUGUUGACCACAUUAUAUGGACUUCACGUAGUGAGACCCGUCGGAGGUAUUAAGGUUUACUUUGUAGGCAUGUCAAACGUCUUGCAAUCAGAUUUGCACUUGCAUCGGCGAUAUGAUCUCAAAGGCUCGUCGAGAGGUCGGAAUUUUAACAAAGUGAUAGUCCAUGAGGAGAUAAUCUAUAAGGAUAUUGAUCUUGAUUUCUACUUUUACCUCGAACCGUCCCUCCGUAACAAGAUAUUGUUGCAACUCAAGUAUGAUUGCGAGUUUUUGGAGGCUGAGGGCAUUAUGGACUACAGUCUUUUCCUUGGUGUGCAUAUAGAUGCCUCCUCGUGUCAAGGCUCAUUAGACAGGAUAAAUUCUGUUUCUGGAACGAGGACAGCUCGACAUGACAGUCCAGAGUUGACUGUUGCUGGCAUUCUUAAACAUAAUGGCAGGCUUGGUGCAAAACUUCCUGCAAACGCGGUCCGAACGCCAAGGAACGAGAUGGGAAUCGUUUCUUCACCAAGCAGGGUCAGGGUGCCAGAGUGCUACAAUGAUUUCCUUAGCAAAGUGUUCUUAGCAAGAGAAUCAACCUAAAACUGGCAUUUCGAGUGUUGAUCCAUGUCAAGUCAACCCAGUUGUAGUAAGAACUCCUCACUUUAUUGGGCAAUGAAUUGCAUGAAAUGUGGUUGAGAAUUCAGAGGAAACAAACCCAUUUGAUCCAUAUAAGGGAAAAAAUCCGUGGCUAACUUUUCAACCUUCUAUAAUUACGUUUUGAAUGUGGUUCUUAGUUUAAACAAUACUGCUGCACCAAAAGUAGCUGGUUUUGAACACAAAUCUAUCAUCCGUUACAAUAACAUGCUCUUCCUCCCUCCAUUCACUCUUGUCAUUUUCUUAAACGCCGAUCCCAGAUCUCUCCCACCAUUGAUUUGCAUACCCGUCUCCAUUAAUGCCCACCAUUUCCCCCUUCCACUUCACCAUAUAAUACCCCCCACCCCUCUGCCUCAUUCCAUAUCCAUUCCUUCCACCGCGGAGGAAGAGAGCUGCCGACCGAGCUCCCUUCAAUUCAAAGAGAGGGGCGGUUGAGGGUCAAAGGAAGUGCUGCGAGUUCAUGAAUGCCUAUGGGGUGCCGCUCCUUCGCCUAAGCGCGCCGCCGCACCUUCCAAAGGCUUGCAUGCGCUCGGAGCUGUUCUUGCCUUCUCCUUUCCUUUAUUGGAUUGAAGGGAGCUCUUCCCAUGUUAUCUCCUCCGCUUUCUCUUUCUCUUAUCUAUCAAUUUCUUAUCAUUUCUUCCCU